AUGGUUUCCGAAGAAAAGAAACAAUUCAAAGAACUCGCGGCCCGAUUUUCUGGAUCCGACACCGGAGCGUUACGUCUUGGCUCUUCCCAAACGCUACGUGGUCUGUGGGAGCUCACUGGUCAGUCCAUCAGCCCAUCAACCUACCAAAUGAGUACAAUUCAAGAUCCACAGUCUCCGCCUCAUCCAAACCAUUCUUCUCCUAUGACUGUAUCAAACGGUGGCAAGAAACGUUCACGGUCAGACACAACUUCGAGCUCGGAUGAUGGAAUCACCCCAUCUAGUCCAACACCACACAAGAGUACUGCUUCUUCACUUGCUCUCAAAGAUCUAUUCUGUUUAAUGAGCACAUUAAACAGCUGUUUCGGUCCGGCCUACGAUUUCCUAACGGCCAGAAGCGAUGAAUUUUGUCUUGAGCCGGAAUUGUGGGUGAGCGCUUAUGAUCAUUCCGAUCGGUAUUCAUGGUUAGGCGAACAGAACAAGGUUGACUAUUUUUUUUCCGUAUUUUCCCGGUAG